AUGGCUUCUUCGAUAUCCUUAAAGCCGACGAACCUUCUCCUCUCGUCUUUCUCCACAGGCAGAUUCCUCCAUUUCCGCCCUUCGCGUUUCAGCCACAGACCAUCGUCGUCUUCGACUUGUCGUCGGACCCUGGUGGCUCAAUUCGGGUUCAGACCAGGGUCGUUCCCGGACCCAGGCUUUUCUCUCGAUUUGAUCAAGGACCAUGUCGAGAGUCUUCUCUACACGAUCGCCGAUGCCGCCGUUUCGUCCUCCGACACUUUUGAACCUGUCGCUGGCACUACCACCACAAACCAGAACAGUGAUUGGUUCUCUGGCAUCGCCAAUUACAUGGAAACUGUUCUCAAGGUUUUGAAAGAUGGGUUAUCGACUGUACAUGUACCUUAUUCAUAUGGUUUCGCUAUCAUUCUACUCACCGUGCUUGUUAAGGCCGCUACGUUCCCAUUGACCAAAAAGCAGGUCGAAUCUGCCAUGGCUAUGAAAUCUUUGCAGCCUCAAAUAAAGGCUAUUCAAGAACGGUAUGCUGGUGAUCAGGAGAAAAUCCAGCUUGAAACUGCCAGAUUGUAUAAACUUGCUGGAAUCAAUCCCCUUGCAGGCUGCCUCCCAACACUAGCCACAAUACCAGUUUGGAUUGGGCUAUAUAGAGCCCUCUCAAAUGUUGCAGAUGAGGGGCUCUUAACGGAAGGCUUUUUCUGGAUUCCUUCUCUUGCUGGUCCAACAACUGUUGCUGCAAGACAGAGUGGCAGUGGAAUCUCAUGGCUGUUCCCUUUCGUUGAAGGACACCCACCUCUCGGAUGGUCGGACACAUUAGCAUAUCUUGUCUUACCUCUAUUGCUCAUCUUCUCUCAGUACCUCUCCAUUCAGAUUAUGCAGUCCUCGCAGUCGCAGAGUAAUGAUCCAGCCAUGAAGAGCUCACAAGCGGUGACAAAGCUUCUUCCGCUGAUGAUUGGCUAUUUUGCACUAUCAGUUCCUUCUGGCUUAAGUCUUUAUUGGUUGACCAACAACAUCUUGAGCACAGCGCAGCAAGUAUGGCUUCAAAAAUAUGGUGGUGCCAAAAAUCCGGUGGAGAAGCUGACUAAUAUGGUCAUGAAGGAAGAUAAAACGCAAAAAGUUGAGAAAUCUUUAUCAGAACCACCGCUAGUUCAGAAGUCUGUUUCAGAACUGAAAGUACCGAAAGAGAAGGGUGGUGAAAAAGUGACCUCAGAAGGGCCUAAGCCUGGUGAAAGGUUUAGGCUGCUCAAGGAGCAAGAAGCAAAGAGACGUCAAGAAAAAGAAGAGGCGAAGCGGAAAGCUGAAGCAGCUCUAUCAAAUCAAAAUACAAAAUCUGAUACAGUUGAUGUCGCUGAAGGAGAUAAUGAGAAAAACGAACUUUCUGCAGUGCAAGAAACAACCGGUGGCUCUGUCCCUGUGAAUGGGAAGCCAUCUAUUCAAAAGGAUGAGAGUACGAAUGGGAAACUCGGAGUUGGCCAUGAAACAGAACAACACCAUUCUCAUGAAACAUAG